AUGAAACUAUUGAAACUAGAUUAUUAUAAUGGAGAAAUAUAUGAAAAGUAUAAAAUAAAUAACAUAUUAUCUCUUCUUGUGGACAAUAAUAAAUUUCAAAACGAAAGUGUAGAUUUUCAUGAGAUAAGCAAUAAAAAGAAUAAUUAUAGUAUUAUGGCUAUUUUAGGAAGUCAAAUUAAAAAUUUAAAUGAUGAUAUAUAUAAAGAUAUUGAUACAAAUGAUAUAAUAUUAGCAUUGUCUAAAUUAAAAAAAACAGACGAAGAAAUUUUAAUAAAUGAAAGUCAAAAUAAAAAUUACAUUUUGGAAUUAGCUGAACAAAUUUAUUAUGAAUAUUUUCAAAGAGGUUUAAUAAAAAAUGAUCAUAAUUUUCAUUUAAAUAAUAGUAAGAAAAAUUUUAUACAAAUUAAUAUUGAACUAAUGAAUGAAAUUAAUAGAGAAAUAAAAAAUUAUGAACAUAAAAUUCAUAAUUUACGUGCAUAUUCAGAGAAUGCACAAACAAAAAAUGAUGCAUCUACCAAUGAUUUGUUAAUGUAUUAUCAUGAAGAUGUGGAUAAUACUGAUGAUUCCCUUUUGAAUGAGAAUAAUUUUAAUUAUAAUAUGAAGCACAAAAAAUAUAAUGAUCAAAACAAAAUCUUUCUAAACGAUCAUGCACAUAAUAAUAAUCAUAAUAAUAAUAAUAAUGAUUUUUUUGAUAGACCAAAUGAAAAUAAUUUUCUUAUGGAUGAAGAAAAUGUCUUGAAAGCAGCACAUGAAGAUAUUCCUAUGAAUAAUGAUUAUGUAAAUUAUAUUCAUAUGAAAAGAGACAGCCUCCACAACAACAAUAACAACAAUAAUAAUAAUAAUUAUAAUAAUAAUAAUUAUAAUAAUUAUAAAAAUAAUAUUUUUUCGGAUCAUCAUGAUCUUUUUCAUUAUAACAAAGAAGGUACCAAUAGUACCAACUGCAACAGUGUUGAAAAUCUUAACUAUGAUAUAAAUAUAUACAAAAAUAAUAAAAAAAAUAUACAACAUAUUAAUAAUAAUGUUAAUAGUAAUGAAAAUAUACCUAGGGUUAGUAACCCUAAUGGUAAUAUUGGUAAUGAUGGAAGGAAUAGUUAUAGAAAUUUAUCUCAGUUGAAUGAAGAAGAUAAGCAUUUAUUAUAUAAUGAUACAAUUAAGAUGGAUUAUUUAUUAAAUAGAAAAAUAGAGUAUGAAAAGCUGGAUGAAGAUCAAAGUGAAAGUAAUAAUAAGAGUAUGAUGGUGAUGAAUACACAUCGAAUGAUGAAAAAUUUUGAUAAUAUGAAUAAAAUAAAUUCAAAUGUUGUUGAUACAUAUGAAGAAAACAUGAAUUAUAAAUAUGACAAGAAUAAAUCAUAUGUGCUUAAUGAUGAAGAAACGUAUGAACAUAUGAGUAAUAAAAAUAUGAACAAUGUGAUGAAAAAUACCGGUGCAAAUAAUGGUGCAAAUAAUGGUGUAGAAGAGAAUUGUAAAUAUCAUAUAGACAUGGAUAAUGUACAUAAUGCAGUUAAUUCAGUAAAUCUCCAAGACAAUAUAUAUAAGAAUAAUAAUUCUAGUAAUACCUUAAACAGCGUUCUAGAAAAUAUAGAUAAAGCUGAACAACAAAUAGUCAAGAACCAUUUAAAAAAUUCUUUGGCACAUAAUGAAUAUGUGGCUAAAAGAAUGAGUUCCUUAUUAUUAAAUCCACAAAACGUGAUUGAUAAAGAACCCUAUAAUAAUAAUAUAAGAAAAGCGUAUGAAAAAAAUGGAAUAAUGAAUAGAGAUGAACAGAAAUAUUUUAAUGACGAAAUUUCAUUAAACAAAUAUAGUUCUACUUAUGGACAGAAAAAAAACUUUACUACAGAUACUAAUAACAGUAGUAGUUUUAUAUUAAGUACUAUUCACAAGCCAAAUAUGGUAGAUGAAUCUUCAUAUAAUAUAAUGAAUAAUUAUGAAAAUAAAAAGUUUCGUAUUCAAUCAAGAAAUAUGAAUACAAGAGAAAAUUAUUUACAUAACCAAAAUUCAAACCAUCAUUCGACAGAACGAAGUCACAAUAUAAAUAAUAAUAUGAUUAAUCAUAAUAAUCAUAUUAGUAAUACGACACCAUUAAACUUUGAUAAUAUGAGUAACUACUCAAGAAAUGCAGCAAAAUCAGUUGAAUCGAAUAUGAAUAUAUAUACAAAUAAAUAUUCGAGGGCACUAGACAUAAACGAUUUAAAUAGUAACAAUACCAGUAGGAAUUAUGUAAAUAGUUCAAAUAGUUUAAAGAGUGAUCUCACCAUGAUGAGAGAUAAUUAUGCAAAGAUGUUAGAAAGAUCCAAAUCUUUAACAUCUCAUUUGUAUAGGGCCCCAAUUAUGCAUAAUAAAUAUUUGAAAGCAAAUAUGUGA